AGGCGGGCAGGGAGGGAGGGAGCGGCUGACAGCAGCGCAGCCUUCGGAGACUGAGCUGCUCGUCCACGGCAAGGGGCGCCGCCAUGGAAGCCUGACGCGCGCUCCCCCUCUUUUAGCGUGGCUGCGCCUCCGCCCCUUCUUUCCCAGAGGAAAUCACUGGACCUCCGCUCCCUCCCCGCCCACCUGCCUCCGUACAGGACCGCAAGGACACCGCCGGGCGAAGAGAGAAGGGGGUGGAUAAAGGGCGGGGGGGGACCAGCCGUUGGGUCCCCCCCGAGAAGAACAUGUGCUGAGCGGCUCCUAUAGGUGGCAGUGCAGCCAGUGAUGGUGCCCAGCACCUCUGACGAUGCCCCAGAGCCCCGAAUCGAGCGCGGAGGAGGAGGAGCACUUCUCCCAGUGCCCCGAAGGGGAGUCUGGCUCAGAGAGCUCCCACGAGGGGCCCAGCCCCCCGGCCAGUCCUGCUAACUCUUCCCACAAUUGCUCCAUGUCAGUACCUGAGGACGCUCACUUCAGUAUGAUGGUCUUCCGAAUUGGUAUUCCUGAUUUGCACCAGACGAAAUGCCUACGUUUCAACCCUGAUGCAGCCAUUUGGGUGGCAAAACAACAAAUUCUCUGCACCCUCAACGAAAGCCUCAAAGAUGUUCUAAAUUAUGGACUCUUCCAGCCAGCCACCAAUGGCCGGGAUGCGAAAUUCCUAGAUGAAGAGCGACUCUUGCGCGAGUACCCACAGAGUUUUGAAAAGGGGGUACCCUAUCUUGAGUUCCGCUACAAGACUCGAGUAUACAAGCAAACUAACCUAGAUGAGAAGCAGCUAGCAAAACUCCACACAAAGACGGGUUUGAAGAAGUUCCUGGAAUACGUGCAACAUGGAGCAGCUGAAAAAGUGGCACGGCUCCUGGACAAAGGGCUUGAUCCAAACUAUCAUGAUUCUGAUACCGGUGAAACACCUUUGACCUUGGCUGCCCAAUUAGAUGGAACCAUUGAUGUGAUCCGGCUACUGUGCCUUGGCGGUGCCCACAUAGAUUUCCGGGCAAGAGAUGGAGCCACAGCAGUUCACAAAGCUGUCUGUUCACACCACUAUUCGGCCCUCAUGGCGCUCUUGGAUCUGGGUGGCUCCCCCAAUUAUAAGGACCGCCGGGGGCUGACCCCACUCUACCAUACAGCUAUGGUUGGAGGUGACCCACACUGCUGUGAACUUCUGCUGUACAAUCGAGCCUACAUUGGCACCACUGAUGAAAAUGGCUGGCAAGAAAUACACCAGGCCUGCCAACAUGGAAACUCCCAGCAUUUGGAACACCUGCUCUUUUACGGUGCUGAGCCAGGUUCACAGAACGCAUCCGGGAAUACAGCAUUGCACAUCUGUGCACUCUACAACAAGGAAAGCUGUGCCCGAAUCCUGUUAUACCGAGGAGCUAACAAAGAGAUCAAGAACAACCAUGGUCAAACUGCCUUCCAGGUGGCAGUCAUUGCAGGAAAUUUUGAGUUGGGGGAGCUGAUCAAAAGCCAUCGGGAUUCAGAUGUAGUCCCUUUCCAGGAGACUCCACAAUAUGCCAGCCGACGCCGAGAUGGCCCUCAGAACCUUACAGUGCCACAUACUUUGUUGCGGGCCAACAGUGAUACUAGCAUGAACCUCCCAGACUGGAUGCUUUAUGCCCAGCCAUCUAUCCCACCUGCCACAGUAGCAGUCCAGGGCCAGAAGAUCACCACAGGAACAUUGCGCAGCUCCAGUAGUCCCCGUGGUGCUCGCAGCCGCUCGCCAUCACGGGGACGCCAUACAGAUGAAGCCAAAAAACAGCGUGGUCGACCCAGUUCCAGUGGCUAUCAGAAAGAAUCUGCUGGAAGCAGUACACUGAGUAGUCGAGGUGUGAAGCGGAAACUUUAUUCGGCUGUGCCUGGCCGCACAUUCAUGGCUGUGAAACCCUACCAGGCCCAGGGUGAGGGUGAGCUCUCCAUCAGCAAGGGCGAGAAGAUCAAGGUGCUGAGUGUUGGGGAAGGCGGCUUCUGGGAGGGGCAGGUAAAGGGUCGUGUAGGCUGGUUCCCCUCAGACUGCGUGGAGGAAGUACCCAACAAGUUCCAGGAAGGGAAGCAAGAGAGCCGCAGCGAUAAAGCCAAACGACUCUUCAGACACUACACAGUUGGUUCCUAUGACAGCUUUGAUGCCCCUAGUGAUUACAUCAUUAAAGAGAAGACAGUGCUGCUUCAGAAGAAGGACAACGAAGGAUUUGGCUUUGUGCUAAGAGGGGCUAAGGCGCAGACCCCAAUUGAGGAGUUCACUCCCACACCUGCUUUUCCUGCUCUUCAGUACCUGGAAUCAGUGGAUGAAGGAGGUGUGGCUUGGCGAGCUGGUCUCCGCAUGGGUGAUUUUCUCAUAGAGGUAAAUGGACAGAAUGUGGUAAAAGUUGGUCAUAGGCAAGUUGUCAAUAUGAUUCGACAAGGGGGCAACAACUUGAUGGUGAAGGUUGUCAUGGUAACACGGAAUCCUGAGAUGGAGGAGGCCAUGAGGAAGAAAGCUGCACCACAGCAGACAAGACGAUUACCCCCUCCAUCCAUCUCCUUGCGUUCCAAAUCUAUGACAUCGGAGUUGGAGGAAAUGGUGGAGAAAGUCUCCCCUUGGAAGAAGAAAGCAGAUUAUGAACCAGCGAUGAGCACUGAUAAGAAGCGGACUGUCUAUCAGAUGGCUUUGAAUAAAUUAGAUGAGAUUCUGGCAGCAGCUCAACAGACAAUUAGUGUGGGGGAUGGGUGUGGCAGUGGAGGACUUCCUUCGUUGGGGAAGACACGGGGCACUACGAAAAAUUAUUUCUCCUCUGAGCCCAGUUUUGAACAACACCGUCUUGGUCAGGCCAGCUAUGAGCGCCCAUCAUACUUACCAAGUAGCCAUCCCCCUGGCAUGAUGCUUCGCCAGAAAUCUAUUGGAGCAGCUGAGGACGAGAAGCCCUAUCUCGCUCCCCCUGUUAUGAAAUUCAGCCGCAGCCUUUCAGUCCCUGGUUCCGAAGACAUUCCCCCACCUCCAACCACCUCCCCUCCUGAUCCACCAUACAGCAGUACAUCACCUGCAUCUGGUCGAGUUACUCCCUCAGCCCGCUCAACCUUCAAUCCCAGCACUGAGGCCAAGCUGUACUCCACUUCUCUUCAUCAGGAUCCAUCAUAUGAGCCACCUCCUCGUGUCCGUGACAAAAUGUCUCUUUACCGCCAAGAGUCUGAGCAAGGAGCUGAAGGGUCCACAGCACGUGGAUGGAGGGGCCACACACCUGACCUGCGAUAUUAUAAUUUGCCCCCUCGAGCAACUAGCACCGCCAUGUAUGUUCCCACCAAGCCCAUGCGCCGCAAAGGUCCACUAGUCAAGCAGACCAAAGUGGAGGAUGAGCAGCGCCAGCAGCAGGGUACCCCCUCUUCCCAGAUGCAAGCAUCAUCUUUACCAUCUCAGUCAUCCACACAAUCCGAAAAAAGCUCCAUCCCAAUACCCACCAUUAUAAUUAAAGCUCCUUCAACCAGCAGCAGUGGGCGUAGUAGCCAGGGAAGCAGCAUGGAGGCAGAGACCCAACCAGAGCCUGUGGUGCCUGUCCCAUCACUCCAGCUUCAUAACAGCAUGGAUUUCACUAGUCAGUUUGGGGCUGCCCUAGUUGGAGCAGCCCGACGAGACCGUGAAUGGUACAGUGAGGCUCGCCGCAAGUCUGCCCUCUUCCUUUCCACUGAGCAACCGGAUGAUGAGUCUCAGCAGAUGCCUGUUCCCCGUCUCCGCCAUUCCAAAUCCAUUGAUGAAGGUAUGUUUUCCAGUGAGCCAUACAUUCAGCUAAACAUGGCUUCUGGCUUUGGCAGUAGCAGUGGUGGUGGGAGCAGCCAAGGUUAUCUUCAGUCUCGCAGUGCUAAAACGUAUGGAGCCAGAACUACUAGUGCCUUCAGUUCAGUAUGUUCAAGUUUCUUGCCACAACUCCAGCCCCAUUCAACUCCUCUCAUUCACCCACUGACUGGCAAGAUUUUAGAUCCUGGAUCCCCCUUGGGACUCGCAUUAGUUGCACGUGAGCGGGCUUUAAAGGAGUCCCAGUCUCAACAAGAGAGCCGAGAAGAGAGGCACUCACGCCCAUCCUCUCCCCGGUUUGGGGAAGCUCUUAAAACUCCUGAGUCUCCCAGCAGUUCCAUCUUGCGCCUCUGGGAGACAUCAGAGCAGCAGACUCAUCAUCAGCGGCCUGCAUCACCCCGGAAGGAGCAGGAGAGCCCCCAACCUGAACAACAGCCCCAUCCAAUCUCAGCUAGAGCAACUCCUUGGGAAAAAAGGCCUGAAGAAGGAGAGAAGCUGGAGCUACAUGUGCACUUUGUGGAGAACUGCCGCCCAGCAGAGGAGGAGGAGGAAGAGGAGGAGAGCAGCCAGGAGAGUGGGAAAGUUGAGGUGAUUGCUCCCCCAAUGGAACGAGCGGCAGAAGAGAAUGGACUCCCGCUGUUGGUGCUGCCCCCACCUGCCCCUUCCAUUGAUGUAGAUGAUGAAUUUGUCUUCACAGAACCACUUCCUCCACCCCUUGAGUUCUCCAAUAGCUUUGAUAAACCUGAAUCUCCCCCCAAAACUGCUGGUGAACUGCCCCCAGCAGUAGCCCCUUCAGCCGCUCCAUCUGCCCCUGCCACCUUAGAUUCUACAGCAUCCAGCCUGACCUCCUAUGACAGCGAAGUAGCCACCUUGACCCAAGCUGGUACAGCAGAAACCAAGGAAUCUCCUCAUGUCAACUUUUCUUCUGUUGUCUCAUCCAUUGCCAUUCCUGCAGCAGAAGCAUCUGAAGCAGUAACCGACUCGGGAAUUGAGGAGGUGGACAGUCGAAGUAGCAGUGAUCAUCACUUAGAGACUAUCAGCAGCGUCUCAACGCUAUCCAGCAUGUCUGGGGAGGGCACAGAACUCUUGGAUACCUACAUCACCUACUUGGAUGGUCAGGCUUUUGGGGGGAGCAGCAGCAGUGGUAGUGGAGUAGGUGGUGGUGGUGGCAGCAUAGACAAGAGUCCGCUGCAGACCAAACUACGCUCCCGGCCAUUUCCAGGCCGCUUGCCAGUGGCUACCCCUACUAGCUCCACCAUCUCAGUUUCGGCAUGUACUGAAAACAUGUUUGCCCUCACACCUGCUCCUCCAUACCACCAGCAACCAGCAGCUGUUGAGCCUGGCAAAGAGUUGCCGCAGAAAUCUUCACUGCCGUGGGAAGAGCCUAAGGCAUUGCCCAUGUCCACCGUGAAAGCUAGCAUCAUUAGUGAGCUGAGCACCAAGCUGCAGCAGAUGGGCGGGGUGUCGUGGUCAAGACCACCUGAUGCUGUGUCUCCCUUUGGUUCCGAGAGACCCAGCUCCCUGCAGAGGCAAAGGCUCCCAGAUGACACAUCCCCAUCACUGAUUUCCUCCAAGCCUGUAAGCAGCCUUUUCCACAACUGGCCUAAGUCCCCCCAGGGCAAGCAUCCCAAAAGUGUGGACUUCGACAUCCGUCCUGCCCUGCAACGGGCUCCAAGUCCAGCUGCCCUGCCCAGUGAGCACAAGAUUAGCCCCACCCCAAGGCCAUCCUCUCUUCCCAUCCUGCCUUCUGUGCCCAUCUAUACUGGCGUCUUUGACCUCCGUGGUUCACCCACUUCUGGGGGUGAACAUCCCUUCCCCAGCUUUCCUUCAGGCAGCCGUUCUCUGUCCCCAACCCACUUUCUGCCUCCAGCCACGGACAAGCCGUUUGGCUCCAAGCCGCUGCCUUUCUGGACUAAAUAUGAUGUGGCUGACUGGCUGGAGUACCUGAAGCUGGGGGAACACCGUGAUCGAUUCCUGGACAACGAAAUCGAUGGAUCUCACCUGCCUUCCCUCACUAAAGAAGAUUUCAUUGACCUGGGCGUGACGCGAGUUGGGCAUCGCAUGAACAUCGCUCGUGCCCUCAAGUUCUUUCUGGAGAGGUGAUGGGGGAAACUGCCCUGCCCCGGGGAGCCUCUUGCCUGAAUGUACAAUGGACCUCCACCAUGGGGAGAACAAAGAGGUGGAGGGGUUGCAGCUGCGGGGCCGGGCACAGGGGAAGUGGUGAAGAGAGACCCUGUGGGGGUGAGGGUAGAGUGGGGGAUCUUGGAGAAGCUCACCAAAGCCUGCCUGGGCACCCACGUGGGUGUGCACUUUUCUCUGUUGCAUUGCCAUGUAGCAAUUUACUCAUUUCAUAUAUCCAGCCCAACAGCAUCAACAUGAGUGUAUGAACACUUAACCCGUGUAUCAUCACUUUCCAGAUGUGUGUGUGUGUCUAUAGUUGUACACAUACACUUGCUCUUCAUUCUCCAUCAGUAUAGCCACCAGCUUUGCCAAUCAGAUGAUUGGUACUAGCCAUCCAUUAGUGCAACAGCUUCUACCUGCCCCCAUCCCUCAUCCUUUCUGUUGUUGCUGAUGGUCCUUAUGUAGCAACUGCUAUUUACACAUCAAUUCAUUCAACCAGCUUGCUCUGUACAUCUCCACAAUUAUCAGGAUUGUUAAGUACUCUGCUGUUGAAAAGAAAAAGACCUGCUACAAGAAACUGAAAUUUGCAUAUAUUUCCUUAUUUUGCAAAACAUUCUCUAGGGAGAACCUCAGAUUAUUCAAGUGCUAUACUUACCUGAUAGGAAUAUUGGGUUUCUCCUCCCAAUAAUUACCCUUGAAUUGGAAUGGGCUCUUAAUAUUAGCUAAGCAGAAUUUUUAGAAAUAGUUACUGAAAACCAUAGGUUCCUUGGAAGAUAAGCCAACACUUGUUUUCAUUGGGUGAGCUUCAACCUUAUUUGUGAUGCCAAAAUUGGGCUUUUCUCUUUUUUCAUCUCUGUUCAAUUAUUUCAUUGCCUUAUUUCCAAUUGCUUUUGUUCCCACUUUUCUCUUUUCACCUUUUUCUGGUUCAGUUACCUCUUCCUCUUGCUUUCUCCUUCAUUUUUAUUCUUAUUCUCUUCUGUGUUAUUGUUAUUUUCAUUUUGACUGUUUCCGCUGGAAGAAGGAAAGGGAAUCUGUGUUUCUGUGUGAAAAUAGUUGGUUUAUGCAGAUUGAGUGUAAGUUGUUGUGUCCUGUCCUGGCCAUUUUGGGGAUGUGGCUUCUGCAGAUAUUUAUAUAAUCUCUACAGUCAUACAUGCAUGUGCAUAUACCAACUUGUCAUAUGCAAGUAUUUAUUGGUGGAUAGAGAGAACAGCCUAGGUCAGGGGUAGGCAACCUUGGCUCUUUUAUGAUAGUGGACUUCAACUCCCAGAAUUCCUGAGCCAGCAUGAGUGGCUCAGGAAUUCUGGGAGUUGAAGUCCACAAGGCAUAAAAGAGCCAAGGUUGCCUACCCCUGACCUAGAUUGACAAGAUAUGGAAGAUGGGCAUUGCACAGGGUUUUCUCUGUCCCUCCCUCUCGAUCUAUCUACCUACCUACCUUCCUUUUGUUCAGGAAGAAUGUCUUAAAUUUAAUGUCUUCUUUUUUGAUAAAUAUAAUUAUAAACUGCUAGAAACUUGCUUUCUGAAUUUUCAGUGGAAAUAGAGAAUGGAUGCGGGAUUAUGAGUCUUAAUAACAACACCUGGCUGACUUUAGAGUAGGAAGAUAAGGCACAUUGGUACAUAGAUAGGGUUCCUUCGGGAGAUAUCAAGGUAAUAGGCUACACUGGGACAUCACCCAUCCAAGAAGAAACCAAUGUCACAAUGCUACUGUUGCCAAGAAAAUGGCAUAGACAAUGUCCAUGAAGUCGCCAAGAAUUAAGCUUGACUUAAAAUAAGAUGAUAUACUUGUUCAAAGUAGGCACACUGCUGUGACUCUAAUCCAUGGCAUGACUUGUACUCCAUGGUCACACAGUUCUGACUCCCAUUGCAUAUGACCUUUUUAGGAAGACAAAAACAUUUUUGAUAGUACUAAACCAGUGGUUCUCAACCUGUGGGCCGGGACCCCAUUUCACGGGGGUCGCCAAACAAGGCUGUCCACCAUUUUUUCCCCUUUGGCCACGCCCCUGAUACCCGGUGAUGUAUAAGUGGUUGGGGAUCACCACAACAUGGGGAACUGUAUUAUGGGGUCGCGGCAUUAGAAAGGUUGAGAACCACUGUACUAAACCUAAGCAUAAGAGUAUAGCUCUUGUAUGCUGGGCAUGCACUGUCUAUAAAUCAAGGCUAUCACUACGUUGACAAAAGAAAGUGGGUUUGUCCUUUUUGAGAGGCUGUACCCUACAUCAGCACUAAUGAAAUUCAGUAGCUAGGGAUGCUUAGAAUUGACAGCAUUGUAGGGACUGAUGCCAGCAUUAUCUUGAAGGAUGGAUCUGAGCAAUACUAACAUAGGCUAUUCCCUAUGAUCCACUGUCCCAAGUUAUUUCAGUAGGAUAAAAAGAGCAGUCAGGAAACAGCACGUUAAUAUUCCAUAAACAGGGCCAUUUGCAAGUCACUUCAAAUGGGUGGGGUGGUACUUUGUGUUCUGAUCCUGUCGGAAAGAGAUUGAAUGUGUUGAGUCUACGAAAAAGUUUGUGAGUAAAAGCUACAUAAAAGGAAAUGGCACAUUCCUCAGCUAAUGUGGCCAAAACCUUGUGAAAUUAUUUUCAUUGUAAUAAUUGAUUCCGAUUAGACAACCAACUUAAGCAAUGGGUUGUGUGUGGCUUAAUCCUAUAAUAGGGCCGAAGCGGGUGGCCUGGUUCCCAUAAAAUGUGCAUUUAAAUGACCUGUAUGUAAACCUAACUAUGUUUCAGCUGAAGGACAGCAUCCUAGAUCUUCAGUAUAAAGAUAGAAUGUAGUCUGCCUUUCAAGCUGUUGCCUAUAAUAAUCUCAGACACUACCAAUCACUUCCUGUUAAUAUGAUUAGUAAUCAAUCACUAAUCAAAGGUGUUGAUUUGCCUAUAAUAAUCUCAGACACUACCAAUCACUUCCUGUUAAUAUGAUUAGUACUUUUCAUAGAGACCACUUGAAUCUCAAGUCUAUAUCCUUAGGAAACUUGAUUGUAUUUGAUGCUUGUGUGUUGUAGGGCUCAUUAAUGAACAAACCUAGGACACUCAGAGUGCAUAAUAUUGAGCUGAAUAAAUGGCUCUUCCUUGCCCCCUCUCUUUCUACCACAGAGUACACACAAUCCUGACCAUAGCAGUAUGCAAAUACUGUUCCUUCAUAUAUCUUGUGAUUUGGUCCAUGCAUGUUGUACUUCCAUGCUCUUGUGCUCUUUCUCCACUCCUUGCAUUCUCAGGUUCAGCAACAGGCUUCAUAUUUUCAUUUCAGAAUCGGUUUCAUUUGCACAUGACUCAUAUUUCUGUACUUCCAAAUACGGAGAUGUGCAUUUGAGUAUUUCCCCAACAAAGUUGGAAGCGGGACAUCUCUUAUGUUCUUCUACCUAUGGAGUAUCUGUGGCAACAUUCUAGCUCCAGAUUGUAGCAAAGACAAAAGAAGCUGGAAAGGGGCAGAAUGUAGGAUAGGGAUAAAUUCUCCCAUUCUGGUCUCCUUCUGUAUUAUCCUGUUUUCCUACUACCAGCCCAAACUUGGAGUGGGAGUGGGGCGGGAAUCUUAGAUAUUGACCACAUCUGUGCUGUGGUUGGAGUAUUCCUUCCCCCUCCCUUAUGCUGAGCUGCCAAAGAAAAAGACUCCAAUGUGUGGGGGGGGAGGGUGUUCCAUAAAUUCUCUCUCUCCCCCCCCCCCAUACACAGAGACAGUGCCAGACCCCAGCAAUGGGCAGCUUUUUUGCAAGAUACGAUUCAGAUAAAGGGAGUUCUUGCUCCUGCUCUUUGCUGGGAUCCUCAGUAGGUUGCUGAGUGGGAGCAGGUGUACCUCUUCACUUUCUUACCUUCCCAAUCUUUAUACCGGAGAUUGUGAGCUAUGGAGAAGUCUGUAGGACUCGUUCCAUGGCUGUAGGCCUUGUGGCAGCCCCAUUUCAGCACCUCACCAAUGCUGUGACUACCACUAGCUGCCACUACCACCACCCUGGCACAUUUGGGCCAUGUAGCUGGCCUAUUCUUGUUCCUUGAAAACAUUUUGUGUCAGAUAGCAAAGUCCUCUUUCCACCAUCAUUAAGAACAUGGCGUAGCCACGCCACAUUUGUGUAACGUGGAUCUUGGCACAUACCCAUUUCCAUGAUGUUGGGUAACUUGCACAUCUAACACCUGUUGAGACCAGCAAUGUACCCUUUUCUGUUCAUGAUCACACAAUUAACCCAGGCAUGCAAAAAAAAAAAAAAAAAAUCCAACUUGUGGUAGGCCCCGUCUGCAAAUAAACUUUUACAUGGGCAGCCAGGAUAUUCACCAAACCUUAAAAGUUUCAGCUUUGCUUUUAUUAAACAAGGGGAACUUGUGGCCCUUGUUGGAAAAUGCAGGGCAAGGAUGAUGCUCAAAAAGUGCAGCCAAGGUUGCAAGUGCUUGUAUCUCCAGGAGGAAGGCCUGUUUUCAGCAAGCACUCUUGUCCUGGUGCCUAGCUUGGGAAAAUACAGGAUCACGAAGUCUACAUGAGCAAUUUUUUCUGAGAUACUGUGUGGCUCCCUGCAGCCUAAAAAGGAGAAGGAGGCUGGGUCUGGACUCUGAAGGCCUCAGAUGUAUGUAAAGGGGUGGCAGAAAUCCCUAGAAAGACUAGAAACCAUCGAUAGGAAUAGCUAGAUCAUAGAAUGAGGUGAGAAGGAGUCAGCCACCAUGUUGAUAUGAGAGAGAAGAUGAAAGGGGUGAAACUCAUACCGAUAAAAUAAUGGCCUUGUCUAUUAAGGCAGAUAUACCAACAAUACUGAGUGAUGUUGGACUGGUCUGCAGGAUAUUUUGAGUGGAGGCAUCAACCAAUUUGCAUGGCUGGGUUAACCCUUCUGAUGUCAGGGUACUGCCCUGUAACUCUUUGUGCCUCCCUCUCAGGAUGCCUCUUGCCACAUCACUGUCACACCCACAUGCACCUCCUGUGGGUCACCCUUUUGCUGCCACAUUUUGAACAUGCCAUGUGGCUAUUUCUAUUGUGCCUCCAAAAGCCACAGCUCCAUAUCGUGGCCUCAUUGCUUGGGUUCAGGCAUGUGGUUGCCUGCCCCUCCACAGUCCAGCAGCCACUGAUGCCACAACCUUAGUGCCAUGUGGUGAUAGCUCCCUCUUUCCCCCCCCCCCGCCCCCACUGUGUGGCUAAUGACGUGCUGCCGGCGUUGCACCUUUAUGCGGCCAUCUUUUCUUACUCUUCUCAAAAGUAAAGGGCUCUUGUCUUGUCGGACUGGUCGCACCGGCCCUUCUCAUUCACAGGCCCCACUGAGGGAGCAAAACGAAACAAAUUUUAGAAUGUCUUCCAUAAAUGAUGUUACUGAGAGACAGGAAAGCACUGGUCUCUUCAGCUUCAGGCAAGGAGUCUAUGCUGCUGUUCUCAGCUUCUUGCAUGGGCAGCCCUCAUGGGCUCACAGUUCAGCUCUGGGAAAGAGAGUUAUACUUUGAAAAGCAUGGAAUUAUGGGGUGAUGGCUUGGGGGCAAGGUUCUUGGAUUUGCUAAGAGGGGAAGGGAUGAAGAAUCUGUGGACGGGUCAAACUCAGAUCCGUGGAAAAGAGCUGGUGGCUGGAAAUAUGGAGUGUGUGGUUUUGUAGGAAAAUGAAUGCUGGGUAAUGUAGGGGAAUAGAUGUGAAGAAUUUUAAAGAUGGGGAGAAGCUAGAAAAAGGCAUCUACUCUGGAGUAUGUGAAUGGGGGUUGAAUGGGCUAAACUUGAGAUCAGAGGACUCCUGUUUUAGAAGGAUGAAGUAGCCAUUCUUCUCUUGGGGAAAUGAGGAAUUUUCUGCAUUGCCUAAAAAGAAGGGCAGAAAGAAUUACAGGCCUAGCUUAUUUGCGGCUUCCAUAUGAGCAUCUUUGGGCAAAGACUAAGAACAUUGCUCCCUUCAUUCCAAGUUCACCACAGUUUCCAGAGUUUUUUUUCUCUAGAAUCAGUGGAACUUCAUAAAAGAUGUCUCUCAUCUCCCAUACUGUGGGAUGUGUUCUUAUGGAGGCAGUAGCUUAAAACAUGAGGUAUUCUUGAAAAUGGGAGAUGGGGCUUCUUUAGGGGGACAGGACAAGCUUCCCCAGAUUUUGAAAAGUCUGAUUAUUGCAUUAAGACAAAAUAGAGGAUGUCAUUACUAGUCAGGAUUCUAGUCCUCCUACGAAUACCAAAUGAGGCCUCCCACACUGAAAAAGUUGGUUAAGGAACUGCCUAAGAAAUUUUUAUUUCCUCCAAAUGUUAUUUGGGUUUUGCUGUGGGCGGAGCGGGGCGGCAGGACUUCUGGUUCUCUGAGAUGGGGUGAAGAAGGGGCUGUUGGACUGGUCCUAGAAGCAUUGAGAACUACAGCAUUGAGUCCUUUUGCCUUAAUGUAUUGAAAUGAAGUAUGUGAUGUUGACUUUGUGGUUCAGGGAUGCAUUCCCUGGGAUGAUUAUUGGGAAUGGGGGUGGGGGUGGGAAUGGUGGUAAUGCCUGCAUUUGACAGGGUUGUGUUUUGAAUGUUAUUGUGAUUGCUAGGUGGAGACAGAGGCUAUGGAGAAGAGAGUUGGUUCGUUCCCCUCUAUCUUUCUUAAUCUUCUCCUGUAAAUGUCCAAGGUGAUCAUUUUCUCCUUCCCACAAGUCCACACCUGGCCCUGUAGCAUCCAGGUGUAAUGUAUAAUAGAUUUCUCCAACAUACAAUCCAUCCCCACACACAUGCAAAUAUAUAUAUGUGUGUGUUUUUGUUAUGUGUGUGUGUGUAUACACACACAUAUAUACAUACAUAUUUUCAUUUUUUGUUAUUACUGGAGAGAGGCCACAUAAUCCAGAGUCAAUGAUUCAGCUUCAACCUACAAGAACACUGGGGUAAGAACCUGUUUUGGCUCUGAGUGCAGAAGGGUGUCUUCCAAUUCUACCAGAAUUCCACCGCAUGCUUGAGAUUCUUGCUGGGCUCUACUUUGCAAGGUUCAGCUUGAUUCCCAAGUCUGGAAGCUACAAAAAUGGUUCUGAGAGGGCAUCCAUGGCCAACACCUAUUCUAAAGUUUCCUCAUCUCCAUUGAUUCUAUUCACCCUUCCUGUGCUGGGAGGAUGGGUUCCUGUCCUGUUAGAUGCUUCUCUUGACUCCUCCAUCACCUAGAGCACGGAGGUACUAGAUUCAUACUUUAGAAUCUAGCUUGGGUUGGCAUUUGAUGUUUGUUUUGACUUAAUUCCACCUACCCUGGGAAAACUGGCAUUUUGUGCCACCUUCAUCUAUCUCUUUUGAACCUAGGAUUCCUAGACCUUCUUCCUGUUCGGUACCCCCCACCCCCAAAGAACUGUACCUCAUGCUGUGGGCAGAAUCUUUUGAAAUGAAUGUAUUUAAUCCUGUGCUGCCUAAGAUUACCUUAUGGCAUUCAGGCAGAUCUGCCUCACAUGUUCUUCUCUUUCUCUCCCUCCCUCUUCCUCUCCCUCCCUCCCUCUCUCUCUCACACACACACACAGAGACAGAACUUCCUUUAAUCCUUCCUCUACCAAAUCCGUUAUCCUGGGCUGGAGGUCCUGUCUCUGCCUUCAAUGCCUGUGCAGAGCAAUUAAUGUAAUUUACUGGUUUUAUUUGCAAAUAUAAACUCUAUGGGAUACAGAGGUUCUCUGUAGGUGUCUUUGCAUCCAUUAAUGUGUGUUUUGAGACAAGAGGAAGACCCUUGGCUAUAACCAACUACUAUCUGCAAUGUUCUUCACUACUGGUACUUGGAACAGUAACACAGAAAAUCAGGCAGAGAUAAAAAGCAAUGCCCUGAAUUGGAAUUUGGGGAGACAAUGGCAGAGUUUUGCUAACUGGUUCUCCUAGUAGUUUGGUUAUAGCUUCUGAAUGCUCUAGUGAAGAAGAGGAGCAGUGGGGUUAGUUUUGCCCACCCUUUGCACUGUAUUCCACUUCUUUUAGUGCUGGCAACUCAUUCACCAGCUUAGUUCAGUAGCAGCACUAAUACUGGACUUAAAAGCAAAACUCACCUUAUUUAACAAAGCCAUAUUGUAAACUUUCUCAAAAGCUAGGCAUCUUGAUAGAAUUCCUCUUGUUCAAAGAUGGGUUUUCUCUCACUCAUGAAAAAAGAGGUAGAGUUAUUCUCUCACACUCUCUUCAACCUUGCAGACCUGUUUGCAGGGGAGUAAAAAGCAAAGUCAAAAUGAUAGCCAUAUGUGAUCAAUGCCCUGACCUUUUUACACAUCUGUAAAAAAGGGGGGAAGGGUUCUGAUUGCAUGGAUAUGGCUAUUAUUUUGACUUUUUUGAAAUAGCACCACCCUACCCAUUGCCCAUAGACAACCCUGCCCUAAAAACACAACUUAAAAUUUAGUGCUAACCAAGUGGGGGACACAAAUUACUGUGCAAUUUGGGGGAAAAUGAGAAAAUCAUUAAAAUCCAGGAUCCCCAAA